UGUCACUUGUCAAAACGAAUCACAACGCCGCGAAGCGAGUUCCAAAAACUCAAAAUAUUCUUUUCCCUAAUUUUGCUCGCCGCAUACGGGAGAUCCGCGUCUUAUUUUGGCGUAAGAACUUGAUCAAAUUAAGUUUGAAAGUUUCCUAAUUGACGUUGUUUUCGUGUGAAAAUGGCCACUCAGCCCCACAGUCGCAAAAGGGUUUGCUAUUAUUACGACAGUGACAUUGGAAACUAUUAUUAUGGCCAGGGACAUCCCAUGAAACCGCACAGGAUAAGGAUGACCCAUAACUUGCUUUUAAACUAUGGACUGUACAGAAAAAUGGAAAUCUAUCGUCCCCAUAAAGCCACUGCAGAAGAAAUGACAAAAUUCCACUCGGAUGACUAUAUCAGAUUUCUCAGAUCAAUAAGGCCCGAUAAUAUGGCCGAAUACAACAAACAAAUGCAAAGGUUUAAUGUUGGAGAGGAUUGCCCUGUGUUUGAUGGUCUCUAUGAGUUUUGCCAACUUUCCGCGGGAGGGUCAGUAGCAGCAGCAGUGAAACUGAACAAACAAGCCGCCGAAAUAUGCAUUAAUUGGGGCGGAGGGUUGCAUCAUGCGAAAAAAUCGGAAGCCUCAGGUUUUUGCUACGUUAAUGAUAUUGUAUUGGGGAUUUUGGAGUUGCUGAAGUAUCACCAAAGGGUGUUGUACAUUGAUAUUGAUGUGCAUCACGGUGAUGGCGUCGAAGAAGCUUUUUAUACGACUGAUAGAGUUAUGACUGUGUCUUUCCAUAAAUAUGGAGAAUAUUUUCCUGGUACUGGAGACUUACGAGAUAUUGGUGCUGGCAAAGGCAAAUAUUAUGCCGUAAAUAUACCUUUGAGGGACGGUAUGGACGACGAUGCAUACGAAAGUAUAUUUGUACCGAUAAUCAGUAAAGUUAUGGAAACAUUUCAACCUGGAGCCGUGGUCUUGCAAUGCGGAGCGGACUCUCUAACCGGUGACCGGUUGGGAUGCUUUAAUUUAACCGUCAAAGGCCACGGAAAAUGCGUGGAGUUUGUUAAGAAGUAUAACUUACCUUUCAUGAUGGUGGGAGGUGGUGGUUACACCAUUAGAAACGUAUCGAGAGCAUGGACUUAUGAGACUUCUGUGGCCCUCGGGGUCGAAAUCGCCAACGAGCUUCCGUACAAUGAUUAUUUCGAAUAUUUCGGUCCGGAUUUUAAGCUGCACAUCAGUCCUAGCAAUAUGGCCAAUCAAAACACCCCGGAGUAUUUGGAAAAAAUUAAAACUAGAUUAUUCGAAAACUUAAGGAUGUUACCACACGCGCCGGGAGUACAAGUGCAAGCGAUUCCUGAAGAUGCCGUUAACGAUGAGAGUGAUAAUGAGGAUAAAGUGGACAAGGAUGAACGUUUGCCACAAAAAGAUCUGGAUAAAAGGAUCACGUUAGAUAACGAAUUUUCAGAUAGUGAAGACGAAGGAGAAGGAGGACGAAGGGACAACCGGAGUUAUAAGGGUCGCAAACGGCCUCGUUUAGAAAAAGGCGGUGAAACCAAAGAACUUGACGAGAAACCUAAGGAGGAAGUUAAGGCUGAAAAAGCGCCAGUUGAACAAGAAAGUAGAUGAGAAAAUUGGGCGCAGUGUCUAUAGGAGAGGAAAGUUCAAAAACAAGUUCAGACGAUACAACCACAGAUACCGGCUGAUCUCUUCAAUGUUUAGGAAUUAGGCAUUUUAAACUUUUAGGCUGUACUCGGGCCGAGUUGUAGAAUAAGAGUUUCAUUGGCGAACUGAAUUAUAUAUUAUUUAUUUGUCAUUUAUCACGAAAUCAUUCGGCCAAAGUUCACAUUACAAUUGUCGUGUAUGCGUGAUAGUUUCCUUUUUUAUUUUUGUAUAUACGUAACGGGUCCUUCCUUUCCAAUAGGUUAGUGUAAAUAUAAUUUUAUUACUUUGUAUUGUUUGCGUUUUAGUGCGAAUUUGUCUUCGCUAAAUGGUAUUUAUUCAUUAUUUAACGUGUACGGUACGAUCCUCAUAUACUUUUGUUUUGUUACAUGUAUUUUUCCAGAAAAUGUGGAAUUAAAGUUUAAUAUCAAACUA